GAUCUCUUGCAUAGGGAAACAUGAGUGAGAACUUCUAGUACCAGCUUACUAAAAGCAUCUCUCUGCAGCCUUGCCUAUGUCUUCACUUAGCCCAUUUUACUUUUCACUGCAGCCUCUCUGAGAUGGGAUAAGUGCUGCUGUGGUUUAAAGGCAAAAUAUAUCUUCAAGAAAAAAGACUCUAAAAUUCAUCCAUCCUAUUGAAGUUAAUUGUCUAGGAAAGGCAUUAACACAGAAAACUUCUUAGAGUCAGCUCUGCGUGUUUUAUUUCCUUUGGAUUUCCAAGUGAAAAUAAUUACAGGAAAGCCUAUAGUUAUGACUGAUUAGAAUACUGUGAUUUUUUUCCUAUCCCUUAAUUUUAAAGAAUUCAAUAGUGUGAACUUUACAUAGUUAUAUGGGAAUUUUGCAAUGUCAGUUUUAAAAUUUGAACUGGAUAAUUUUUCUCCUGAAGGCUUCAGACAUGAGCAUGCUUCCAACUCAUGUUUUGCUUUACCCUGUUUGACUGAACUCUCUGGUGAUUCUAGUCAACUGGAACUUCAGCACUCCAGUUCUGUCCCGACUGGUCUGCAAAAGUUGUGCUUGUCUCAUCGUGGGCUUGAGAAGAGUGUGUGGGCUGCCAAAGGCAAAUAUAAUGAAGGUAUGAAUAUAAGCAAGAGUGAGAUAACAAAAGAAACUUCGUUAAAACCGUCUCGGAGAUCCCUGCCUUGCCUCGCCCAGAGCUACGCUUACUCAAAGAGCUUGAGCCAGUCUACUUCCCUCUUCCAGUCAACCGAGAGUGAAUCUCAGGCUCCCACAUCUAUAACCUUAAUCUCCACUGACAAAGCAGAGCAAGUUAAUACUGAGGAGAAUAAAAACGACUCUGUGCUGAGAUGUUCAUUUGCUGACCUCAGCGAUUUUUGUUUGGCCCUAGGAAAAGAUAAGGAUUACACGGAUGAAUCAGAACAAGCUACUUAUGACCGAUCUCGUCUCAUUAAUGACUUUGUUAUCAAAGAUAAAUCUGAAUUCAAGACAAAAUUAUCUAAGAAUGACAUGAAUUACAUAGCAUCCAGUGGACCUCUGUUCAAAGAUGGCAAAAAGAGAAUUGAUUACAUCUUGGUUUAUAGAAAGACAAAUAUACAAUAUGACAAAAGAAACACGUUUGAAAAGAACCUCAGAGCAGAAGGCUUGAUGUUGGAGAAGGAGCCAGCUAUUGCAAGCCCCGAUAUCAUGUUUAUUAAAAUUCACAUUCCAUGGGACACGCUGUGCAAGUAUGCAGAGAGGCUGAAUAUCAGGAUGCCCUUCAGGAAAAAAUGCUAUUACACUGACGGGAGGAGCAAAUCAAUGGGCAGGAUGCAAACUUAUUUUAGAAGAAUCAAAAACUGGAUGGCCCAAAACCCAAUGGUUCUUGACAAGUCAGCUUUUCCAGACCUAGAGGAGUCAGACUGCUAUACUGGCCCCUUCAGCCGUGCACGGAUUCACCACUUCAUAAUAAAUAAUAAAGACACCUUCUUCAGCAAUGCUACUCGAAGCAGAAUAGUCUAUCACAUGCUGGAACGCACCAAAUAUGAAAAUGGAAUAUCAAAAGUGGGUAUCCGUAAACUUAUAAACAAUGGCUCAUACAUAGCAGCGUUUCCACCACAUGAGGGAGCCUACAAAAGUAGCCAGCCCAUUAAAACCCAUGGACCUCAGAAUAACAGACAUCUAUUAUAUGAGCGCUGGGCACGCUGGGGAAUGUGGUAUAAGCAUCAGCCUCUGGAUUUAAUCAGGCUAUACUUUGGUGAGAAGAUUGGACUAUACUUUGCUUGGCUGGGAUGGUAUACUGGAAUGUUGAUUCCUGCAGCAAUUGUUGGUUUGUGCGUUUUCUUCUAUGGAUUAUUUACAAUGAAUAAUAGUCAAGUAAGCCAAGAAAUUUGUAAAGCCACUGAAGUCUUUAUGUGCCCUCUCUGUGACAAGAACUGCUCCCUGCAGAGACUCAACGACAGCUGUAUCUAUGCCAAGGUGACAUAUUUGUUUGAUAAUGGAGGGACAGUCUUCUUUGCUAUUUUUAUGGCAAUAUGGGCGACAGUCUUCCUGGAGUUUUGGAAAAGGAGAAGGAGUAUACUGACCUAUACUUGGGACCUUAUAGAAUGGGAAGAAGAGGAGGAAACACUUCGUCCCCAGUUUGAAGCCAAGUAUUACAAGAUGGAGAUUGUAAAUCCCAUCACGGGAAAACCUGAACCACAUCAGCCUUCCUCAGACAAAGUCACUCGUCUUCUUGUUUCUGUCUCAGGAAUAUUCUUCAUGAUAUCCUUGGUGAUCACUGCGGUGUUUGGAGUCGUGGUGUACCGCCUGGUUGUCAUGGAACAGUUUGCAUCAUUCAAGUGGAAUUUCAUCAAACAAUACUGGCAGUUUGCAACAUCUGCUGCUGCUGUCUGUAUCAAUUUCAUAAUCAUUAUGUUGCUGAAUCUUGCUUAUGAAAAAAUUGCUUACCUCCUCACCAAUUUAGAAUAUCCUCGAACAGAAUCUGAGUGGGAAAACAGCUUUGCCCUGAAGAUGUUCCUCUUCCAGUUUGUCAAUUUAAACAGUUCCAUCUUCUAUAUCGCUUUCUUUUUGGGAAGAUUCGUAGGCCACCCAGGAAAAUACAAUAAACUUUUUGACCGGUGGAGACUGGAGGAACUUUAUCAUCUGCAGAGUGAAGAUACCAACAACUACCAUGCCAGGUUCUCACAAGGAUGUCAUCCUAGUGGCUGUUUGAUAGACCUCUGCCUCCAGAUGGGUGUCAUCAUGUUUUUGAAGCAAAUAUGGAACAACUUCAUGGAACUGGGAUACCCGUUGAUCCAGAACUGGUGGUCGCGACAUAAAAUCAAGCGGGGAAUACAUGAUGCUUCCAUACCUCAGUGGGAAAAUGAUUGGAAUCUGCAGCCCAUGAACCUUCAUGGACUGAUGGAUGAGUACUUAGAAAUGGUUUUGCAAUUUGGUUUCACCACCAUCUUUGUUGCGGCUUUUCCUCUAGCCCCUCUUUUGGCUUUGUUAAACAAUAUCAUUGAAAUCAGGCUGGAUGCAUACAAAUUUGUCACUCAGUGGCGGAGGCCUUUGCCAGCCCGAGCAACUGACAUAGGUAUCUGGCUUGGAAUUCUCGAAGGAAUCGGUAUAUUGGCUGUGAUCACCAAUGCAUUUGUAAUUGCUAUUACUUCUGAUUACAUCCCACGUUUUGUUUAUGAAUACAAAUAUGGCCCCUGUGCAAAUCAUGUAGAACCAAGUGAAAAUUGCUUGAAGGGAUAUGUCAACAAUAGCCUAUCCUUCUUUGACCUGAGUGAGCUUGGUAUGGGAAAAUCUGGUUAUUGCAGGUACAGAGACUACAGAGGCCCCCCUUGGAGUUCCAAACCCUAUGAGUUUACUUUACAAUACUGGCAUAUCCUUGCUGCUAGAUUGGCCUUCAUUAUUGUGUUUGAGCACCUUGUUUUUGGGAUUAAGUCAUUCAUCGCAUACCUGAUUCCAGACGUACCAAAGGGUCUACAUGACCGAAUACGACGAGAGAAGUACUUAGUUCAAGAAAUGAUGUAUGAGGCUGAACUCGAACAUUUGCAACAACAACGGAGAAAAAGUGGUCAGCCUGUUCACCAUGAAUGGCCUUAGUUGACACCUGUUACCCAGUAGGGGUGAUAACAUUAAUGGGAAGAAAUGAUGGCAACUUUGAAUGCUAGGUGAAAUCUAGGAGGAAGGCAUACUUGGCAAACCACAUGUGUAAUAUGCUACUUGGAAAUGUAUCACAGCCAUCUCUGGGAUUUGAAAUAUCCAGGCUUGUAGGGAAGAAAACAAUGACUUGACGACCUUAAAAAUGGUUAGAUUGACAUUGCAGGAAGCCAGGAUGUAAUUCUCAGAACGAGUCUCAGGGAGAUAUAUGCUUGGAGACCUCUGCCUUCCAUCAACUGCAGUGUAAUGGGAAAGAAGGUGGUGAGGUUUUGAAAGACAGAUUUCCAUGUAAAUGUGCACAAGCCAGGCAUGGCUUAAAAUAUCAUGCAGUCUUCACUUACAUACUAAUUUGACUUUGGAAAGUACGGUUGAGUUCAGAUACUUAUAAGAAAUGACUUAAACAAAUCCUUGCCUUGGCUGCCAGAACUCUACAUCCCUUCAGUUUACAGGUUGGUAGGAAUUGCCCUUGUCUCUUGCUGAGAUUAUGGAUCUGUGCCACAGGGGAUUUAUGCUGCUUUACAUUGACUAUGCAGUUGAAGAGUUGCACAUCACCUUUAGUAGUCAAACCAAAAAUCUAAGAUUCCAAAAAGAACAGCAUUCAUUGAAAUAAUAUUCCAUUGCAUUGGCUACUUCAAGUCUCUUUUACCCCUGGCAGAGCCAGUUGCAGUGCAAUUUUUUGUACUAAAUGCCAAUAAAGCCACAUACUUAUAAACUAUGAAUGGCUAUUCUUAUAUAGUUUAGAACACAACUAAUCCAUACUGUAUUGUGGAAGGCUGUUUUAUAGUAUAUUUAAUUUUUUCUCUAUGAUUUAUUACAACUCUCAUGGAAUAUUAACUUGAAAUGCUAUAAAUACGUUGGUUUUCCUUGUCCCUUUGCACCUUGACAGUACGUAGUAUACAUUGUGGUUUAUGCAGCUCUGACACCAGUUUUUGCUAUUGUAAUAUGUUUAUUCAGGAAAACUGAGGCCAGAUGCUCUGCAACAUUUACGCUUUUUCAACAAUGUGCACUCUUACUCAUUAACUAAUGAAAAUAAUGCAUGAAUAUAAAUCUAUAUUAUUUGCUAAAAAAAGAAAAA